AUGCUGGAGCCCGCUUCUGCCGAUGGACCCUCUUCUUCAGGACCUCCAGCUUUUUUCAGCUCUGCGUCGGACAAGCGUCGGACAGUUGCAUUUUGCAUUCCCUGCGGGACACACGGAAGCCUGAAGGGCGAGAGCUACAAGUACAAAGAGCCGCAGACCAAGGUAACGGAUGGACAUCGUUUUUGGCACAUGCGUUGGUUUGUGGACUUCCUCGGAGGACACGAGUCUCGAAAUUUCCUCGCAGGCAGUGUGUCGACGUUCAGGAACAAGCUCUUCACGAUUGCAUGGCCCUGCUGGACAGACACGGAGGACGCUCUGAAAAAAGAGAUCGAGUCGCACUUUCUCCAGAGUUCGUUCUCCCUCCUCAAGCAGCAGGAGCACGCUGCAAACGCCGAGAAGAAGGGCACCAAACGAAAGGCAUCCUCGCAGCAGAUGCAGGACGACAUGGAGGACGACAACGAGCAAGCGGACAAUGAGGAGCACACGGGUGACCAGAUGGAAGAGGUAGCAGCUGGACGAAGCACACGUUGUACAGAGUUUGCCACGUCGAGCUUUGCAACGAUUGUUCUUUUGCAUCAAUGGCACCAGGGUAUGCGCAAAGAUGCCAAAUGGAAGAAGCCGGCAGAGGAGGUAUCCAAGCUGGCCGGGGAGUUGCUUCAAGGCCUCGCUUCCUUGUUCCUGCAGACCCCGCAGGACUUCUCAUUCACGUGGGACGGAAACACUCUGGUGCUGCCGUUCAAAGGAGGUUCGCUGGACGUGGACGAGGUUGUACUGCAAAACAGUUUACUUGCUAAAGUACUACACCGCGAUCGUUCCCGAUUCAUGGACGUGCUGCAGGAUGUGAAUGUGGACUGCACCCGUCGGACAAUUGGAGACACUCGCAAGUCAUCUAGUUUGAGGACGAAGUACUACUUGUUGGCGGCUUUGGCACGUGCCAUGGAUUCGUCGGACGACACGCAUUCCUGCUGGACAUCUUUGAAUGUGAAGCAAGUGAUGAGCACCUCCGGAUAUCGUCGGUCGUCCACGAGUUUUCGACAAGAGGACAGCAGCGAACAGCAGGACGAACAAAAGAUCAAGAAGCACGCUUCUAUGGACGCACACAGGCUAGCACGCAUGGAGCGAUACGCCUAUGUCACGCAGGGCAAGUCAGAUUUCCUCUCGACGGACAUUUUGUGCGUGGUGGCAGAUGCAGUGCACGUGGGAAGUGACGAUUGGCUGAACAUCAUGGUGUACAACCACACGACGGACAAAGUUUGGGUCUGCCCGCCGCAGGUCCAGAAAUCGUCCGUCUUGUCGGCUGAGCAGUGGAAAGCUAUGUGGAACAAGGCUUCCAAGAAGUUCCUCGGGAUCGAGAAACCCGUUGGACCUGGUCAUGCGGAGGACCGGCUGGCCACACUGUCUUGGAUGCAGGACAUAAACCACGGCUUGCGACCCAUUGGCUGGACUUUUGGCUGCUGCCAGAGCACGCCGGCCGGCCCCGCGGAGGACGACACGAAGGCUAAACGUGCACCGAUCAUGAUUUUGUGCACCGACCAAGAAGCAACACAGCUGGCGGCUGUCUCCUUCUUGAGGAACAAAAAGAGCCUCUGGAUCGAACACGUCUCGGACCCCGCCCACAGGUCGCACAACGACGUGGCUUUGGCCUUGUCGGCCGCUGGACUCCUGAAGUUCUGCACGUGCAUCUCGCUGUACAACAUCAGGUAUGGACCCUGGCAGAAGGGCUCGUGGGCGUUGAAGAUCCAGCAAGCCGCAAAUCGCAUGAAGGACAACAUGGACCCCUCGGACCCGAUAUUGCUCCUUUUCUUCCCGGACAUUCUGCUGGACGCCGGCCUCUCCCCCCUGGACGACAACACGGAGGAGAAACGCAGGUCGUUUUUGCAGACAUUACCCGACAUGGACUGCAUCCGCAUCAAGGGCACGAAGGCCAGCAAGAGUCGGUUCAAUUCCCUGACGACGGCCCACAGCGCGCUGGACAAAGAGUGGUCGGUCUUGGCUUUAGUUCUCACGGUGGUCUGCUUGGAGCACAACUGGGCAGUUUCCACUAAGGACCUCUUCUCGCAGGACAGCAACCAGGCCCGUGCCUCGGUUCCAUAUGGUGGAAGCAAGUCUUCUGCCAUACAGGAGGCCAAGCAAAGGCAUGGACCAGGAGCGGACAACAAGACGACAGCCAGGAUGAUGUUCCAGGUCUUGCAACCCGAAGAGCUUCGUUGUUCGCUCAUGCUCAAGCAGCUGCGUUCCAAAGGCAUGACGAAGGACUACUACUCUGGCUGGGCACACUGGUCUUGGAUGAGCACUGCAAAGGACCACGUCAGGACUUUGUCGAAUUUGGAAGGUUUAUCUCGUGUCGGCCUCGACCUGACACUGGCACGCGCACAACCCCCGGAGGAGACAGAGCUUGUCUGGCAGGACUCGCUCGCAGGCCAAAUGACGCAGUUGACACUACAGAUCCUGCGGCUGCGGGCCGGGGCACAGCUGUACCAUACUGGAGGUUUCGGUGCGACCGCAGGACUAGUCCAUGCUGAAGAGCAGUUCCGUCGGGCAAGCUUGGAUUUUUUCAAAGAGAUGCAGUCUUGUAUCCAGGACACGCACAGUGGUGGUUCUCGUAUGGCAAAAAAAUUGCUCGAAGGUCAUUUCUCCCAAGGGCCGAUUAGUCGGUACAUCCUCGCCGAUCUUUGCACUACCCGGUUUCAGAGCCUUACGGAGGACGUUGCACACGUAUUGACCAGCAUUUGGUCGGGCCUCUUGAACACGAAGAUCAUCGAAGACUGUAAUAAAGUCCAGCGCGAGGCCGAGCAACGACAUUCGUCUUCGAAGGACUUGGGUCGUUUGGACGGAUGGAAGGCUGUGACCCAACAGGCCGUGGUCAAGAUGUACGAGAGGGUGGAGGCACUGUCAACGGAGCUCUACCACACGCCGGCAGCGUUUGACGUGGCCAAACUUUUCUGCAAAGACACCGAGAAGAAGAAGAUUCAAGCAGUUCGUCGUCGUUCCGAUUCGUCGGUCAGCACGCAGGUCAGUGCCUCGGAGGUGCAGGAAGCACAGCUUCUUGCAGACGUGACGAAGACGAGGGACUGGGUCUCCCACAACCACGCCGAGGAACAGGAGGUUUUGGCUGCCUUCAGUUUACUGAUGAAGGCGUGGAGGGCCAAGCGAUGGUCGCUUUGUGAAGAAGGUUGGUGCUCUGGACUUUUGCCCGAAGGACAUGUUGUACUGGCAGGUGCAGACCCGUUGUUCAUCGUUCGGACAUACCGUUUGGCUGCACUCGCAUGGCCCGGCAAGAUCGUUAAGGACAAGGACCAUGAGUUUUUCGAAUUCAACAUGGGCGUUCGGUCUCUCUUUUGGAUGCACAGCACAUCUUUGGACUUGGAAGUGUUGCGGCUGCGAGUUGUUUCACCUCUGCGUCGUUCCACGCAGGGCAGCCACCUCAACAACGGCAUCGUGUUUUUGGUGGACAAGAAGAUGGGCACGUUGGACUUUCACGCCGAGCAGGGUGUGGACGCAGGACAUCAGCUGGCUGUUGCCGCCAUGCUCAACAUGGACAACUCGUUGGUCGAAGAGGACGUGGUUCAACGAAUCCUGGCAAGGCAUCAGACUGACAAGUGGAUGCCGGAGGUCGACGACAAGGACUUGGAAGCCGUCGUUCGGGACACGCUGCUCAUUGGCGAGCAGGACAAGGUAUGCACGAUGUACAAGAACGCCGUCUCGGACCUGGACAAGGACUUUUGGAAGGCCGGACAGGACACACGCCGACGCAAGACUCAGAAGGCCGAGAAGGACAGCAAAAAGCUAAAGCAGCAGUACGACCGGGUGUACGCAAAGCUGAAUGCCACGACGGACGAGCUUGUGAAGAGCAUGGUUCCUGAUACUGUACAGGUUUGGACGGACCCAAAGAAUGGUUGGUCAUGGGUGGAGCACCACGAAGGACGUGACCCACCCGAAAACUUGCAGGAGCGAUUGACAAGGCACAACCGAAAGGACCUCCGUGACGAGUACACACGCAAGGCCAGGCAGGGCUACCAGGAGAAUCGGGUCCAACGCGAAGAAUUUCGACAGGCCAAACACACGGAAGUUCCCCCCGCUUCGUUCAUGGACAGAGAACUGCCGGACGUCGCAGAGUCGCAGGACUUCGACGGUCGUGGCAUUUUUCGCUACACGGCCGAGGACCCACUGGUGCAGGAGAAACAUAUGGGUCGCGGCACGUACGGGGAGAUUUUCGCUUGCACGUACCAGGGCCUGAAGUUAGCCUUGAAAGUGGCCGUUCGCACGCCGGACAGGGAGACUGCACUGUUGGACGUGCACCAAGACGGUCUCGAAAAGACGUGGGACUUGACCCGUGAGUUCACUCUUUUGAGCCAGAUAGGACCUCAUCCGAAUGUUCUGCGACUCUAUGCCUUGCUGACAUCCUCGACUGGGCACACGGGAAUUCUAAUGGAGCGGGCUUCCUGCGACCUCUUGAAGGCCACACGGGACUUGAAGACGGACGACCUUCAGGACGGAGUUCCCUGGAGCACACGACGAGCCCAAGUAACGACGUACUUUCGGCAGACACUCGCAGCUCUUACAUUUGUGCACAGCAAAAACAUCGUACAUUUGGACGUGAAAACGAACAACUUCCUCGUGUUUCUCCUCGGCGAGCGGGUGGUGCUGUCCGACUUUGGUUUUUGCCGAGCUUUGCCACUCAAUGGAAAAGCAAAAGUCAGAGCUGACGAAGUCUACACGACGUACUACCGGCCGAUCGAGUGCCUUUACUCCGGGGACGGCAAGGUGGAGAUCGGCCCGAAGGCGGACAUGUGGGCACUCGGUGUGGUGACGUGGGAUUGCUACGCGAAGACGACACGCUCGCUGUUCACUCCCGACCCGAAGGGCUUCGUCAAGCACACGCCGACCAUCUCACAAGCGCUCGUUCGUUUCCAGACUGCAUGGCGCGAGAGAGCACGCGACCUGCACUUGCUGGACGACGACAUCGCUGCACACGUUUUCGGUUCAUGCUUCACAUUGGAGCAGGACAGGCGCAGCUCACUCGAUUUGUUGAAGGAUUUGCAGGGCCGUUUCACGAGGACAAUUCAGUCGCUGGACGAAGAAGAGGACUUACCCACGCCGGACAGACCCCAUCGCCGUACUGCAGAAGUGGUGAAGCAAGUCGAGGUUCAUAUUCCGAAGUACAGCCUGCAACACUUUCCACGUACCCUGCCGGCGCAUGCAACACGCACGAAGGACUUGUUCAGGCUCUGGGUCAGGAGGCUCGACCCCGAGGACGUGGCAUACUGUCAGGACUUGGUGCGUGAAAGCACGCUCCUCGAUGGACAAUACGGGUCGAUCUGCAGUGGGAUGGACAUCGCUGCGACGGUCAUGAAGCAGUUCUGGGACUGGGAACGUUUCCACUGGGAGCUGGACUCGCCGGCAUUCACUCACAAGUUCGCCUGCGAGAAGGAGCCCGCCAAACGCCAGUUCCUUUUGACGACGGACAGGAAGAUCGAGCGCAUGUUCUGUAACGCGACGUACCUGGAAUAUGACAAGGAAAUCUGGGACUCGAAAACGAACACGUUCGUGCGCAUGCCACGCUGUACGGUCAUGACGGAGGGCUUCCCAUGUCAGGAUUGUUCUGUCCUGAACCCGUCGUCGUCCACGUCGGCCAACAGAUCCUGCGUUGCCGACGGCACUCUUCGCACUGGCUCCGUGCUGCAGGGCCUCGUUCACUACCUGCAGUCGACGGGCCUCGUCGGACCGAAUUUCUGUUUGUUUGAGAACGUCGCCGGACUGAAGACCAAGACCCGUACCGCCGACGGCAGCACUGGACCCUCCAACCUGGACCAUGUCGGACACUUGAUCAGCACAAAGACAGAUCGUUUGCUGCAUGUCUGGGAGUUGGACCCACGAAUGUUCGGUGUUCCACAAAGUCGAACGCGGCUGUGGAUGACAGCCAUUCCACGCCGGAUCUUCGAGGGACUCCUUCCAGAACACGAAGUACAAAAGAUGCUGAACAGCAUCAUGGACACACUCCUGGGUCUGAAGGAGAUCUCGGUGUCGGAGUACCUGGUCAACUCGCUCUGCUUCAAGCAGAUACUCGGGGCGGCCCAGCGCAGGACAGACAACGCCCUCUCCGCCGGACUCCAUUCCCCGCUGUUCGGUUCCCGACACCCGCAAUCGUGGAUGGUCGAGAUGCUGAACCGCGACUGGGAGGCCUACCCGGUGGCCGUCCCCGUUCCCUGGCAGGGCCACAUGUACUACGCGGUGUCGUCGCACAACGCGUCGGACUUGUACUUCUGCAUCACGAAGGGCCCCGACGGUGACACGAUCGACUUUCAGUGCAUCGGACUGUUUCUCAAGAAGCUCGAACUUGUCACAAUGCACUGUGAGACCACCCAGCAGCAGGGCUUGAUUGAUUGUUUGGUUUUCCGAAGCCGUCCUGCCUGUGCGUUGAGACUUCGUGCAGUCUUAUCAUCCUUCCCCGUCGUUCUUCCUCGACGGACCUUGCCCAGCAUGCCUCGUGAUGCCGGCCCCCGCAAGCCCACCCUCAAGCAGCUGGCGAAGCAGAAAGCGAAGGACAUCAAGACCCGGGAGCGCAACGAGGCGACGUUCGCAUCCGCCGUUCAGCACUCCAAAAGCACCAUACUCGACGUGGACAUGCGGUUCAUUCAAGACACGCUGACCCAGAACCCGACUUGGAUUUCUCCACUCGCUGGUCUGAUCCGCUCGGGCUCGUUGAAUGGUCUUCUGAAGGACGUUGCCAAGAAGGAGGAGACCGGUGGACUGAGAUGGAAGGGCAAGUGCACCAAAUGGGGCAGUUUGCCGCUUGAGAUGGCGAGCUUAAUGCUCAAGCAUUGCGGUGUGGAGCUCGCGGAGGACGUACAGAAGGACGAACCCGUCGUACGGACCCUCUUCGAGAUCCAGUUCUGGGCAGCCAAGUCGGCGUCCUUGCCAUCUCGUGCGGACAUUCGCUAUCAGUCCACGUUGGUCAAGUUAGCGAGGGCCCGCAUGGAGGACGUUGGUCGCAACUACAUAGCUGCGGUGAACUCGGCGGAGGCUAUCAGUGUUGACCGGGACAGGUACAACAUCUGGUCACUUGAGAACAACACGUUGUACUGCCACGUCUUUGCCACACAAGAUGGACACCCUCGCCGUUCCCGCUCGGAGUUCGUACCCCACGAGUCGUACCUCAGCCACGAGCUUCCUACUCUCCCGGACAACAAGACGUGGCAAUUGGACGACCCUUUUGCGGUGGCCAAGUGGACCUUCGACUUGUCGUCGGACGCAGACACCACGGCUGGCCUCGGCGACAGUGUGCCGCAGGGACCUCCAGCUUUUUUCAGCUCUGCGUCGGACAAGCGUCGGACAGUUGCAUUUUGCAUUCCCUGCGGGACACACGGAAGCCUCAAGGGCGAGAGCUACAAGUUCAAAGAGCCGCAGACCAAGGUAACGGAUGGACAUCGUUUUUGGCACAUGCGUUGGUUUGUGGACUUCCUCGGAGGACACGAGUCUCGAAAUUUCCUCGCAGGCAGUGUGUCGACGUUCAGGAACAAGCUCUUCACGAUUGCAUGGCCCUGCUGGACAGACACGGAGGACGCUCUGAAAAAAGAGAUCGAGUCGCACUUUCUCCAGAGUUCGUUCUCCCUCCUCAAGCAGCAGGAGCACGCUGCAAACGCCGAGAAGAAGGGCACCAAACGAAAGGCAUCCUCGCAGCAGAUGCAGGACGACAUGGAGGACGACAACGAGCAAGCGGACAAUGAGGAGCACACGGGUGACCAGAUGGAAGAGGUAGCAGCUGGACGAAGCACACGUUGUACAGAGUUUGCCACGUCGAGCUUUGCAACGAUUGUUCUUUUGCAUCAAUGGCACCAGGGUAUGCGCAAAGAUGCCAAAUGGAAGAAGCCGGCAGAGGAGGUAUCCAAGCUGGCCGGGGAGUUGCUUCAAGGCCUCGCUUCCUUGUUCCUGCAGACCCCGCAGGACUUCUCAUUCACGUGGGACGGAAACACUCUGGUGCUGCCGUUCAAAGGAGGUUCGCUGGACGUGGACGAGGUUGUACUGCAAAACAGUUUACUUGCUAAAGUACUACACCGCGAUCGUUCCCGAUUCAUGGACGUGCUGCAGGAUGUGAAUGUGGACUGCACCCGUCGGACAAUUGGAGACACUCGCAAGUCAUCUAGUUUGAGGACGAAGUACUACUUGUUGGCGGCUUUGGCACGUGCCAUGGAUUCGUCGGACGACACGCAUUCCUGCUGGACAUCUUUGAAUGUGAAGCAAGUGAUGAGCACCUCCGGAUAUCGUCGGUCGUCCACGAGUUUUCGACAAGAGGUUGCGAGUUCAUCGAAUGCCACACGCAGGACACUUACCUCCACAUUGCAAGGACAUGCGUUCACCGUGCAGGACAGCAGCGAACAGCAGGACGAACAAAAGAUCAAGAAGCACGCUUCUAUGGACGCACACAGGCUAGCACGCAUGGAGCGAUACGCCUAUGUCACGCAGGGCAAGUCAGAUUUCCUCUCGACGGACAUUUUGUGCGUGGUGGUCCAGAAAUCGUCCGUCUUGUCGGCUGAGCAGUGGAAAGCUAUGUGGAACAAGGCUUCCAAGAAGUUCCUCGGGAUCGAGAAACCCGUUGGACCUGGUCAUGCGGAGGACCGGCUGGCCACACUGUCUUGGAUGCAGGACAUAAACCACGGCUUGCGACCCAUUGGCUGGACUUUUGGCUGCUGCCAGAGCACGCCGGCCGGCCCCGCGGAGGACGACACGAAGGCUAAACGUGCACCGAUCAUGAUUUUGUGCACCGACCAAGAAGCAACACAGCUGGCGGCUGUCUCCUUCUUGAGGAACAAAAAGAGCCUCUGGAUCGAACACGUCUCGGACCCCGCCCACAGGUCGCACAACGACGUGGCUUUGGCCUUGUCGGCCGCUGGACUCCUGAAGUUCUGCACAUGGUGCAUCUCGCUGUACAACAUCAGGUAUGGACCCUGGCAGAAGGGCUCGUGGGCGUUGAAGAUCCAGCAAGCCGCAAAUCGCAUGAAGGACAACAUGGACCCCUCGGACCCGAUAUUGCUCCUUUUCUUCCCGGACAUUCUGCUGGACGCCGGCCUCUCCCCCCUGGACGACAACACGGAGGAGAAACGCAGGUCGUUUUUGCAGACAUUACCCGACAUGGACUGCAUCCGCAUCAAGGGCACGAAGGCCAGCAAGAGUCGGUUCAAUUCCCUGACGACGGCCCACAGCGCGCUGGACAAAGAGUGGUCGGUCUUGGCUUUAGUUCUCACGGUGGUCUGCUUGGAGCACAACUGGGCAGUUUCCACUAAGGACCUCUUCUCGCAGGACAGCAACCAGGCCCGUGCCUCGGUUCCAUAUGGUGGAAGCAAGUCUUCUGCCAUACAGGAGGCCAAGCAAGGCAUGGACCAGGAGCGGAAGGGCAGCGCGAACAGUCUACACUUAAUGACGAAGUUCGUGAUCUCGCAGGACAACAAGACGACAGCCAGGAUGAUGUUCCAGGUCUUGCAACCCGAAGAGCUUCGUUGUUCGCUCAUGCUCAAGCAGCUGCGUUCCAAAGGCAUGACGAAGGACUACUACUCUGGCUGGGCACACUGGUCUUGGAUGAGCACUGCAAAGGACCACGUCAGGACUUUGUCGAAUUUGGAAGGUUUAUCUCGUGUCGGCCUCGACCUGACACUGGCACGCGCACAACCCCCGGAGGAGACAGAGCUUGUCUGGCAGGACUCGCUCGCAGGCCAAAUGACGCAGUUGACACUACAGAUCCUGCGGCUGCGGGCCGGGGCACAGCUGUACCAUACUGGAGGUUUCGGUGCGACCGCAGGACUAGUCCAUGCUGAAGAGCAGACACGCACAGUGGUGGUUCUCGUAUGGCAAAAAUUGCUCGAAGGUCAUUUCUCCCAAGGGCCGAUUAGUCGGUACAUCCUCGCCGAUCUUUGCACUACCCGGUUUCAGAGCCUUACGGAGGACGUUGCACACGUAUUGACCAGCAUUUGGUCGGGCCUCUUGAACACGAAGAUCAUCGAAGACUGUAAUAAAGUCCAGCGCGAGGCCGAGCAACGACAUUCGUCUUCGAAGGACUUGGGUCGUUUGGACGGAUGGAAGGCUGUGACCCAACAGGCCGUGGUCAAGAUGUACGAGAGGGUGGAGGCACUGUCAACGGAGCUCUACCACACGCCGGCAGCGUUUGACGUGGCCAAACUUUUCUGCAAAGACACCGAGAAGAAGAAGAUUCAAGCAGUUCGUCGUCGUUCCGAUUCGUCGGUCAGCACGCAGGUCAGUGCCUCGGAGGUGCAGGAAGCACAGCUUCUUGCAGACGUGACGAAGACGAGGGACUGGGUCUCCCACAACCACGCCGAGGAACAGGAGGUUUUGGCUGCCUUCAGUUUACUGAUGAAGGCGUGGAGGGCCAAGCGAUGGUCGCUUUGUGAAGAAGGUUGGUGCUCUGGACUUUUGCCCGAAGGACAUGUUGUACUGGCAGGUGCAGACCCGUUGUUCAUCGUUCGGACAUACCGUUUGGCUGCACUCGCAUGGCCCGGCAAGAUCGUUAAGGACAAGGACCAUGAGUUUUUCGAAUUCAACAUGGGCGUUCGGUCUCUCUUUUGGAUGCACAGCACAUCUUUGGACUUGGAAGUGUUGCGGCUGCGAGUUGUUUCACCUCUGCGUCGUUCCACGCAGGGCAGCCACCUCAACAACGGCAUCGUGUUUUUGGUGGACAAGAAGAUGGGCACGUUGGACUUUCACGCCGAGCAGGGCUUCGCUGCCUGUUCUGAGGCUUUGUUGCGCAGGUUGUGCCAGCACAUGGGUUGGACCGCCACCCAACCCAAAUCAGGUGUGGACGCAGGACAUCAGCUGGCUGUUGCCGCCAUGCUCAACAUGGACAACUCGUUGGUCGAAGAGGACGUGGUUCAACGAAUCCUGGCAAGGCAUCAGACUGACAAGUGGAUGCCGGAGGUCGACGACAAGGACUUGGAAGCCGUCGUUCGGGACACGCUGCUCAUUGGCGAGCAGGACAAGGCCCUCAAGGAGCUCAGUGCCCGUCGGUCCACGGUUUCGGCCAAAAGUCUACGACCCAAGGUAUGCACGAUGUACAAGAACGCCGUCUCGGACCUGGACAAGGACUUUUGGAAGGCCGGACAGGACACACGCCGACGCAAGACUCAGAAGGCCGAGAAGGACAGCAAAAAGCUAAAGCAGCAGUACGACCGGGUGUACGCAAAGCUGAAUGCCACGACGGACGAGCUUGUGAAGAGCAUGGUUCCUGAUACUGUACAGGUUUGGACGGACCCAAAGAAUGGUCGUUGGAAGGUGUCGUACAAGACAGCUGUAGUCAGCAUUACACGUAGUAUUUCAUGGACACAAGUAGGUGAAGCUGCCGCCGGUCGAGCCUGUGUAACACAAGGUUGGUCAUGGGUGGAGCACCACGAAGGACGUGAUCCACCCGAAAACUUGCAGGAGCGAUUGACAAGGUUCGACUCCUGA